CUCGAAACGUUCAAUGCAGCACUGAGAGGAGCAGCUGCGCAAUGCCAUCCUGCAGCUGGCCAAAUAACCUUUUUGAGGGUGCUCAUGAUGGGCAAUCAGAAAUUGCCCGCAUUCCUAUGCUCCGGCCCGGCGCUCCUGCUGGCUGGCUUGGUGUUAAACCUACUAUCACGAUGAAUCAAUUAGAAUGUUUGCACUGUUGUUGAUGCACCACUGCUAGCAUCAUUCCAUCGUCACGUGAUUGUUACCUCUUGCUAGACUGGGCAGCUGUGCCUCGGAGAAUAGGACCUGUAGAACCUGAGAGAAGCUAGUUAAAUGUCCAAUGCUGCCCCCUUUGCUGCCCCCUUGGUUGACUUUGACCCAAGACAGUACGAGGCAGCGCCAGCCAUUGCACUGUCAGGGAACUCCCAGCUGCCAACUCAAAGCUGCCUUUGGCAAUGCACCGACCUGUCAACCAUAGCAAGCGAGAAACCAGACUGGGUUCUCAUGCUUUGCAAAGAAGCAUACCUGAAAGCUCUUCCAGGUGCUCUUGACUGGGCUACCUCUUCAAUGCUUUACUCCGGAUGGUCUACUCUUCACAGCAAAGAGUUGCACUACUUUUGAUAGGCUUGCGGCCGGUUCCUUCUACUAUGAAACGAGGCGAGGUUCCUUCCAAAAAUAGACAUAAGAAAACCAAACUUCAGCCUGACAACAGGGACUGGGCACACAUGAUAACAAGUCACGAACCUCUCAAUAGGUAUGUUGUGUGAAUCGGAAAAGUAAGGACGGACGCUACAGGGGCAUGGGAUCGCUCUUGCAAAGUGUUUCAUAGCAGAAAUUCGAGCGGGCCUUGCAUCAUCAGAAGAUGCUUGCUUUCAAGUCAGCUUUCCUGGUGACAUACCGAUUUGCGUUUCCGGUUCUCUCUUUUCUUUGUCUCGUCCCCAAGUUACGAGUUUGUUUGAACUCAAACAUCUCAAGAAACAUCAGGUCACCUGUUUGCUCGAAGGUGAUAUCGAAGUCAGGAGCCGUAGUUCAAGCUUUAUGGACCGUUUGCUUCCUACCGACCAAAGUCGGCAAUCGUGAGAGACUAGACAUUUGAGGUUGAAAACUGCCCCCGUUGUGGAGAAGGCUUUGUAUGGUGGAGCUGGCGAGGUCGCGGCGCAUGGCCGCAUCUUUUUCGAAUCUUCGUCAUGCAAUUCUGUGGUCGCUUGCAGAAAUGGGGUCCGACCUCGUGAACGACCAGCCGUUGCAAUGCUGCCAACUUGCGAGUCAAAAGUUUGAAAAGAGGAAGCAAACGCUCGGGAGGAGGAUAACAGCCGGCCAAGAUUUCUUGGUCUUGACUCCCCAUCCCUGCCUUACAAGAGUCGAAUUCCCGGCCUAUCAAUUGACCACUUCCAUCGUGUAAACAGGAUGGUGACUUAUAUAGGCCAACAAUUAAACUUACAUAUGUAGUUGCAAUCGUCACUGCAAGAGUCAUGACUGAAGAUGAAAAUCGAUUGUCGGACUGCUUCCAAGUACAAGUUUUGACGGUUU